AUGGAAUUGGGGAUGAUGGCGGGUCGACUUCCCAUGGGAUUGGGGACGCUUGUGACCAACUCCCUCUCCCCUCCUUCUUUAUCUUCUUCUGUGACCAAGGUCACAUUUCACAAUUUCAAGGAAUUAAAGAUAUCUACACUCGGCAUAGCAACAGAGAAAAGCGGGAUCCCGCGAAGGGAGACUGAUUGCGAAGAGGGAAGCAACGUCACCUCCGCCGUGGGGGAAUCGACGAUCUAUGGUGGUUUGGAAAAUUAG